CUUCCGCUGUUGCUUCAGAGAUUUCUGACAUGUCAUAUCGGAUUCACGGGUUCUUUGGAUUCUGCAUCCCUAUCAGCAGUAAUCUUCUCCAUUUGUUUAUCCCAAGCAUGUCUUAUCUGCAAUGUUUAAUUGUUUAGCAACAAUGAUGUUGAAAUGAAUAACUGAUCAUCGAUUAAUGUAGUCGGAUUGACUGCUGCAGUACAUUCACUGACCGAGGAGGACUCUCUGUAUCUGUCUCUCUUUAAUGCCCAAGGACUAAAUCUAACAGCCAACACGGCGACUCAGAGACAGCAAACAGUGCCGCAGCGUCACUGCAUCUGAAGUCAAACACAAUCCUUCCUUCGCAGCAGAAUACAAAUCUGAUGCAGACACAAGGAGUGGGAAGAAGGAACACCAGAGAGCUUGCUGCCAUGGCUUCCUCCUCAGCUCUCCGCACUCUCCUCCUUCCUCUCUUUCUAUCCUUUCUCAGUACCCUCGGCUCUUCCUCUGAAUCAGACCUCCUCCUUACCUUCAAGUCCUCCAUCGAGGACCCUACCUUGGCUCUGUCCAACUGGUCCCCAAACUCCACAACCCACUGUAACUGGACUGGCAUCACUUGCUCCAACGCCACUUCUCUGGUUACCUCUGUUGAUCUCCACAACCUCAACCUCUCUGGUGACAUCUCUCCUUCCAUCUGCCACCUCCCUCAGCUCUCCCACCUCAACCUUGCCAACAACUUCUUCAACCAGCUCAUCCCUCUCCAGCUCUCUGAGUGCGCCGGACUCGUCACUCUCAACCUCAGCAACAAUCUCCUCUGGGGAACUCUUCCUGACCAGAUAGUUCUGCUCUCCAAUCUCACCACACUUGAUCUCAGCAGGAACCGCAUCGCAGGGCAGAUACCACUCAGCUUGGGUUCUUUGGGCAGCCUCCAGGUUCUAAACUUGGGAAGUAAUCUGUUCUCAGGUAUCCUCCAUCCUCCCCUCUUCAGAAACUUGAGUGAGCUUGUCCUUCUUGACCUGUCUCAGAACCCAUCUUUGGCAUCUGAACUGCCGCAAGAAAUCGGGAGACUGGCUAAACUGAGAUGGCUUCUGAUGCAAAGAUCUGGUCUUUACGGUGCCAUUCCUCAAUCCUUCCUUGGUCUUCGUGAACUGAAGGUUUUAGACCUUUCCCAGAACAAUUUGACAGGGAAAAUCCCCUUGGGGUUUGGGUUGGCCUUUCUGAAGCUGACUACUCUGGAUCUCUCUCAGAACAUGCUUUCCGGAUCAUUUCCUACUGAUGUUUGUUAUGGGAAAUCUCUCAUCGAGCUCAGUCUUCACGAUAACUCCUUCACUGGUCCAAUUCCUAACAUCAUCGAGAAAUGCUCGAGUCUCGAGAGGUUUCAGGUGCACGACAAUAGCUUCGCUGGGGAACUUCCAUCUGGUUUAUGGUCAUUGCCAGAGUUAAAGCUCUUCAGAGCUGAGAACAACCAGUUCUCGGGCGAACUACCCGAUCUGGUUGGAGUGUCUUCUCGGCUCGAGCAAGUUCAGAUCGACAACAACAGCUUCACGGGUAGAAUUCCUCGAGGUCUCGGUCUGGUUCACACCAUGUACAGGUUUUCGGCGUCGCUUAAUUGUUUCUCUGGCAAUCUCCCUGAGAGCAUCUUUGAUUCGCCUGUCUUGAGCAUCAUCAAUUUGUCCCACAAUUCUCUCACUGGAUCCAUCCCGGAGCUCAGGAACUGCAGAAAGUUGGUCUCUUUAUCCUUGGCAGACAACAGUUUCACUGGGAACAUCCCACCUUCUCUUGGACAUUUGCCGGUGUUGACGUACAUCGACAUUUCCAACAAUAAACUCAGUGGCGAGAUCCCAUUGGAGCUUCAAAACUUGAAACUUGCUCUGUUCAAUGUUUCUUUCAAUCAGCUAUCAGGAAGUGUUCCACCUUCUCUGGUUUCUGGUCUUCCAGCUUCAUUUCUACAGGGGAAUCCAGGCUUGUGUGGACCUGGGUUGCCUAAUCCAUGCAAUGUGCCACCGGGAAGGCAGAGAUUCAACACCAACAGAUUGAUUUGGGCAGUAAUCGUGAUGUCCAUUGCUGUUGGUUUCAUGGUAUUAACUGCAGGACUGUAUGUGGUAUAUAGGUUGUCUCGAAGCAAGUCGAAUCCAUGUACAUGGAAAUCGGUGUUCUUUUAUCCUCUCAGGAUCACAGAGGAGGAACUGCUGAUGGCUUUAGUUGAGAAAAAUGCAAUCGGUGAAGGAGCUUUCGGCAAAGUUCAUGUCGUCCAGCUACCAGGGGGAGAAUUUGUUGCAGUCAAGAGAUUGCUGAACUCCAGUAAUUUAUCUUUCAGAAAGGUGAAGUCGGAGAUCAAGAUACUGGCAAAGGCCAGGCACCGGAACCUGACCAAGCUGUUGGGCUUUUGUUACUCCAAAGGCACCAUUCUUCUCAUCUUCGAGUACCUGCGAAAGGGGAGCUUAGGAGAUGCUCUUCGUCGACCGGGCUUUUCGUUCGAGUGGAGUCUUCGCCUCAAACUGGCAAUUGGAUCUGCACAAGGAUUACUCUACCUUCACAAAGAUUAUGUCUCGCAGAUACUUCACAGGAACAUGAAAUCUAACAAUAUUCUCAUUGGAGAUGAUUUUGAGCCAAAGGUAUCCGAUUUUGGCCUUGAUCGUGUGAUUGGGGAGACCUCAUACAAAUCAUCAGUAGCUUCCGAGUUGGGUAGCUACUGCUAUAUGCCUCCAGAGUAUGGUUGCAGCAGCAAGAAACCAACAGAGGAAAUGGACGUGUACAGCUUCGGGGUCGUGCUACUGGAACUCAUCACCGGAAGGCCAGCUGAGCAGCCAGAAGCUCGGGAGACGCUCGACGUCGUCAAGUUAGUAAGAAGGAAAGUAAACAUGACCAAUGGAGCUCCACAAAUACUGGAUCCUAAGAUCUCUGGCACGGCACAGCGAGACAUGUUGGAAGUACUGGAGCUUGCUCUUCGCUGCACUGCUAUUUUGCCCGAGAAGCGACCCUCGAUCAUUGAGGUUGUCCGGUCUUUGCAGUCACUUGAGCCAAUCAUCUACCCUCCAAUGUGCUCCGGUGAGUUGCUGCCUUCGGGCCAGCAGUGAACAAGAACUCUCUGCCAGUUCUAGUGGUUCCAAUCUGCAAAGAGUGUGAGAAAGGAUAAAAUGUUUUACAUAGCUUAAUCUAUUUUGUUGUUGUUUUUUAUUUGUAUUUUCUGAGGUUUUUAGUUUGAUUUAGAGGUUUGUACAGUGAGAAAUAGUGAUAUGGAGUAGUACUUAUUGCAUCAGUUGAGUUAUCAGCUACCAGAUUUGA